UUAUAUAGUAUAUCUAUCGCUAGGAUAAUUCACCCCUCUGGUGUUGACAAUUGGCAUGGUGGAAGACACUCCAGCCACACGCUAACGCCUCUUGGCGCAGGUCAUCACGCUCCACCGCCCAACAUCGUUCCCCAGAGCUCCAGCCUCCAGCUGCCUCCGAUUCCCCUCCAUCUCCAUCCCACCACAUCAUUUACCCCAUAGACGACAGAAGCUUCACAAUGCGUCCCAAGUCUUCAAAACCCACCAGCGAUGAGCUCCUCGCUCAAUUUGACGACCUGGGUGUCGACUCCGCCCCUGACGAGCAGUCCAAGACCACCCCCAAGCCCACCACAGCCCAAUCCGAACAAGACAUUCUCGCCGAACUGGACAAUCUAGCCUCACAGCGCCCCAGCAGUGGUCCAAACACCCCGCGCGUGUCUACCAACGAACCCAGACCUAUUAUCAAGUCCCCGAAGCCGGCCGCCACCACUGCGACGCCCCCCACCGGCCGUUCUAGUGAAGAGAAACAGGCGCCUCGCAAAUCAGGGGAAAGCGCCCGGGUGUCUUUUACCGAGAAGAGGGCUGCCGAUGUACAAAAGCCGGAGCCCGAGAAGCCGGUCGUUCAGGAGAAAGCUGCCUCGAGCGGUGGUGGCGGAGGAUGGUGGGGUGGCAUCUUCGCAACCGCCAGUGCGACUGCCAGCGCUGCCAUGAAGCAGGCUGAGGCGGCCGUCAAGGAGAUUCAGCAAAACGAGGAGGCUCAGAAAUGGGCUCAGCAGAUGAAGGGGAAUGUAGGAGCUCUGAAAGACUUCGGUGGGGAGCUGCGCAACAUGGCUCUUCCUACAUUUACCUCUCUUAUCCACACGCUCGCUCCUCCGAUCUCGUCCCACGAACGUCUUCAAAUCCAUGUCACACAUGAUCUGUCUGGGUACCCCAGCAUCGACCCUCUGGUAUAUGCGGUUUUCUCGCGGGUGAUGGCCCAGGUCGAAGGCGGGGACCUCCUCGUCAUCCAGCGGGGUCAGGAGUCAGCCCCGAAGCGCGGACUGGAUAUCGGCGGCGCCCAGUUCUCUGGCCCGGGCUGGCAUGAUGGCCCGUGGUGGCGCACCGUGACCCCCGGUAACCCUCGCACUCUGGCGGCCAUCCGCGGCACCGUCGAGGCCACCAAGUUGGCGCGGGCCAGCGCCGAAGCGUAUGCUACCGAGUAUUUCUCCGCCAAGGGCGGCGUAGAGGCGGCUGCAAAGCAGGCUACACAGGAUCUGAGCGAAACCAACCCGGUUCGCAGCAGUGACAUCUUCCUGGCGAUCCAGGCCAUCAGCCAGACCACCUCGACCGAACUCUUCCAGGCGGGUCCCACGACGGACCAGGCCACCCCCGGCGUGGUCGAUGUCCCUGAGGCAGCCGAGGAAGAGGUGGUGUUCGCGCUGUAUCUCCACGAUCCCAUCCACGGCAUCGCUUUCCACACGCUCUCCCAGGCCAUCCCUCAGAAAUGGAUCGACUGGCUCGAAACCCCGGCCGUUCCAGUGGAGGACCCCGAGGCCGAAGACGCCAGCGUCCCUCGUACCACGAUCCCGGACGAAAUCGCCAACAUCAUCGAAAGCGGCGGCGUCGAUCCCCGGGAAUGGGCAUCCGAGUGGAUUGAAGAAUGCCUGUCGCUGGCGGCAGGGGUGGUCGCACAGCGCUACGUGGCGCGGAGAAUGGGGGUGGGCGAGGGCGGCCCGGCCAAGGGUAAGAUGCGUGCUGAGCAGGCAUCCGUGGUGGACAGUGGCGCGGGCGAGGCUGCGCGGGCGCUUUAGAGUUGGUGAUGUCGAUCAACUGACUGUCUUUAUCGGAUUUGCGUCUUUCUUAUGACCACAUGAUAUGCCCCCAUUCCAUAUUCCCAUUAUCUUUAUUCUGGUUUGAUUCUGGUUUGAGCCAUGACCCUAAUCAUCCCACCAAACCAGCAUUCAUAAUACAAUUAGCUAGUUAGUUACUUACCCAAUACCAGUACGAAUGUACAUACACA